UGUAAAAGCUUCAAACUUUACUGGAGGUAUUAUUUCAUACCAGAGACUGUGGAGUCUCUGGCCUCAACCAAGUCCAACCAUGAUAGACAAAGAGAGAGAGAGAGAGUAAGAGAUAGCUUCUCCAAACUCUCAUAAACCCUAAUAUGAAAACACUCACUAACAUUGAUUUUGAUUUUUAUACAACCUAAAUUCUGUGACUUUUCUUUUUUUGUUUACAAUGGCUUCCGUUGAUAUUCGUUUAUCUCCUAAGAUAUACCUUCCCAAACCCCAUGGUCAUCGCCAUGGAUUGCAUUCGAAGUCAUUGCUUCACUUCCCCAAUGGCUUCAAUUUGGUUCGGAGAGGUCGCCCGCACCCACUUUUCGUUCGCCGGUCACCGGCCGUGGUGUUGUGCCAAUCGAAAUCCGAGCCGGCGUCACAGGCUGGCGACGCUGGCAAUGCAAUUGAGGAGGAUUUUGUGACUAGGGUUUUGAAGGAGAACCCGAGCCAGGUUGAACCCAGGUACCUAAUCGGUGACAAGUUUUAUACUUUGAAGGAAAAAGAGAAUUUGAGCAAGAGUCCGGACGUGGGUGUUUUUCGUUCCUUAAGGAAUGUUCUAAAUUUGAAGACUAAGUUGAAGAAUGUGAAGAAGGUGGAGGUAGAAAAUGAGAGUGAAUUGAAGAACGAGGCUGUGUAUUUGAAAGAUAUUUUGAGAGAGUAUAGAGGUAAGCUUUAUGUGCCAGAGCAAGUUUUUGGGGCACAGUUGUCUGAGGAAGAGGAGUUUGAGAAGGAUUUUCAGGCAUUGCCAAGAAUGAGCCUUGAGGAUUUUCAGAAAGCUACGAGGAAUGACAAAAUUACAUUGUUGACUUGGAAGGAAGUUACCACUGCCAGUUUUGCAUAUGCUAAUGGUUACAGGGAUUUCAUUGUUGAAUUGAAGGAAAUUCCUGGAGACAAGAGCUUGCAUAGAACAAAAUGGGCAAUGAGACUGGAUGAGAAUUUAGCUCAGAAUCUUUUGGAGGAGUAUAGGGGUCCUCGCUAUCAAAUAGAGAAGCAAACUACGUCUUGGGUUGGAAAAUUACCAGAGCACCCUCAUCCAGUGGCAUCUUCCGUAUCUAGCAGAAUCAUCGUGGAGCUUGGAAUGGCAACUGCUGUAAUGGCUGCUGCUGCUGCUGUUAUUGGAGGGUUCCUGGCUUCAGCAGUUUUUGCUGUUACCAGUUUUGUAUAUGUGACAACUUCAUAUGUUGUUUGGCCAAUAGUCAGACCUUUCAUCAAACUUUUCCUUAGCAUUGUCUCUGGGGUUUUAGAAAGAGUCUGGGAGAAUUUUGUUGAAUUUUUCACUGAUGGGGGCAUCUUCUCUAAAUUUUCCGAUUUUUACACUUUUGGUGGUGUCUCUGCUAGUCUUGAGGUGUUAAAACCAAUUACUUUUGUUCUUUUGACUAUGGUCCUUCUUGUCCGUUUCACACUUUCAAGAAGACCCAAAAACUUUAGGAAAUGGGACCUGUGGCAAGGGAUUGAUUUUUCGCGUUCUAAGGCAGAAGCUCGUGUUGAUGGUUCAACUGGUGUUAAAUUUAGUGAUGUGGCAGGGAUUGAUGAAGCAGUGGAGGAACUCCAGGAGUUGGUGAGGUACUUGAAAAACCCAGAGCUAUUUGAUAAAAUGGGGAUAAAACCUCCACAUGGUGUUCUCUUAGAGGGUCCCCCUGGAUGUGGCAAGACUCUGGUUGCUAAGGCCAUAGCUGGUGAGGCUGGUGUUCCAUUUUACCAAAUGGCUGGAUCUGAAUUUGUUGAAGUUUUAGUCGGAGUGGGGUCUGCUCGUAUUAGGGAUCUAUUCAAAAGAGCCAAGGUAAACAAACCAUCAGUAAUAUUCAUCGAUGAAAUUGAUGCAUUGGCAACUAGGCGGCAAGGGAUUUUCAAGGAAUCCUCAGACCAACUUUAUAAUGCUGCGACUCAAGAGAGGGAAACUACAUUGAACCAGCUCUUGAUAGAACUUGAUGGGUUCGAUACUGGAAAAGGUGUUAUAUUUUUAGGUGCUACGAAUCGUAGGGAUUUGUUAGACCCUGCUCUUCUCCGACCAGGUCGAUUUGAUCGCAAGAUAAGAAUUCGGCCUCCUCCUGCAAAGGGGAGACUAGAGAUUUUGAAAAUUCAUGCUGGCAAAGUGAAAAUGUCAGAAUCUCUUGAUCUAUCCAGCUAUGCACAGAACUUGCCUGGAUGGACGGGAGCAAAAUUAGCUCAGCUCGUUCAAGAGGCUGCGCUUGUAGCUGUCAGAAAGGGGCAUAAUUCAAUUCUUCAGUCGGACAUGGAUGAUGCAGUUGACAGGCUUACAGUAGGCCCCAAACGUGUUGGAAUAGAGUUGGGUCAUCAAGGACAAUGUCGUCGUGCUUCUACUGAAGUGGGAGUUGCAAUGACUUCCCAUUUGCUCAGGCGCUACGAGAAUGCAGAAAUUGAGUGCUGCGAUCGCAUUUCGAUUGUCCCACGUGGUCAGACAUUAUCACAAGUAGUGUUUCAUCGGCUUGAUGAUGAAUCAUACAUGUUUGAGCGCCGGCCACAGUUGCUGCAUCGCCUUCAGGUUCUACUAGGAGGGAGGGCGGCCGAAGAGGUAAUCUAUGGACGUGACACAUCAAGGGCGUCAGUUGAAUACCUUGCAGAUGCAAACUGGCUUGCUCGUAAAAUUUUAACCAUAUGGAAUUUGGAGAACCCCAUGCGGAUACAUGGGGAACCACCACCUUGGAGGAAGAAGCCUAAGUUCGUUGGACCAAGACUGGACUUUGAAGGAUCGCUUUACGAUGACUAUGCCCUAAUAGAACCGCCGCUCAACUUCAAUCUAGACGAUGAAAUUGCUCACAGAACCGAGGAGCUGAUACACGACAUGUAUGAUAAGACACUUUCUCUGCUUAGGAGGCAUCAUGCAGCUCUACUUAAAACCGUUAAGGUUCUAGUGAAUCAGAAGGAAAUCAGUGGUGAAGAAAUUGACUUCAUCUUGGACAAGUACCCUCCACAAACUCCCAUUACUUUACUUAUGGAGGAAGAAAGCCCCGGCAGCCUUCCGUUUGUCAAAGAAGACGAAAAUCGCGAAGUUGAAUACGCCUUUGCCUCUCAUUCGAAAGAAGAAAGUCUGUGAAUAACUAUAGUGUCUUCAACCAAAGGCUUCGUUUUGCAUGGAAGAGUGAUUUUUGCCUGUCAUCAAUUUUGUUUUUUCAAAUAGUUUUAGUUAGUUAAUGAGUUGUAAGGGAUUUUUUAAUGUAAGAUCAACAUUUAUGUUCAUUUCUAUGAACUAUGAAGGCGGUUUAGUAGUUUAUUAAGUUGCAAAAUAAGGGAAAUUGAGUUAUUUAAAUGAUCAAAAUAGAACUUCCAACAA